AUGGCUGAAGCUACACGGUUGAAGGAUGUUCAAGCCGAACUAAAAACCCAAGGUAGUGAGAUUCAGAGGCUAUUGGAGCGCUUUGAGUUGAGAGAUCGUCAACAACGUGAGUAUAAUGCACAGAAAGAGGCGGAAAAUCAAAAUCGAUUUGAUCAAAUCCAAACAACAUUAGAACGUUUGUUAAUGGAGAAAUCGAUGCAUCACCACCAUGAAGAGUCGACGGCGAACACAUCUUUGAGGCCGUUGAAUGUUGCGCUUCCUAUGCGGAAUCUUUCUCUAGAUUUUCCUCACUUUGAUGGCAAAUCGUCGGUGCUUAGCUGGAUUUUCAAGGCAGAGAAAUUUUUCAAUUAUCACAACACACCGGACAUGGCUAGGGUGGACAUAACUGCUAUGCAUUUUGAGGGUGAAGUGGUCCCUUGGUUUCAGAUGCUGCAACAUUUGGCAACUGUUAAUACUUGGCUAGAUUUAACUCGUGCCCUUCAAUCACAAUUCAGACCUUCCCCUUUUGACUGUCCAAUGGCGGAAUUGUUUAAAUUGCAGCAAACAGGUUCUAUUUCUGAUUAUUAUCUACAAUUUAUGUCUCUGGCAAACAGAUCAGUGGGUUUAAUUGAUGAGGCACUCUUGAAUUGUUUCUUGAGCGGAUUAAAUGUCAAUAUUAAAAGGGAUGUUAUGGCAUUAUCUCCAAUUUCAUUGUUAAGGGCAGUGGCGUUGGCAAAGUUGUAUGAAGAUAAAUAUUGUCCUGCUCCAAAACCAUCUUUCACGAAACUGGUAGUCUCCUCUUAUGCAACGAAAUCUGUAUCACAGUCAGUGCAGCAGCAGUAUCAGAAUCAACCAUAUCAGACUCAACGUCUAAAUGUGAAACCCCCUCUUCCUCCUUUAUUACCUACUCAAAAUACUCCUCCAUUAAAAACUAACAAUGUUAAGAGGAUUAGUUUGGCUGAAAUGCAAUUGAGAAGGGACAAAGAAGAAGAGGAAAUUGGUGAGCAUGAUACUACAACAGAGAAAGCAGAAAUUGCUAUUCCCAGUGAUUCUAAGGAAGAACACCAUUUAUCUUUGAAUGCUAUGAAAGGUGGAAUGAGUGUGGGCACCAUACGAUUUUUAGCUUACAUUAACCAACUUCCUAUGCAUGUACUGAUUGAUGGAGGCAGUUCUGAUAACUUUUUGCAACCCCGGAUUGCUAAAUUUCUAAAACUUCCAGUAGAACCUGCUAAGUUGUUUCGUGUGAUGGUAGGGAAUGGCAACUUUAUGACAGCUGAAGGGAAGAUUCAACAACUUAAUAUUCAAGCACAGGGACAUUCUUUCGUCGUACCUGUUUUCUUACUUCCUAUUUCUGGAGCCGAUCUCAUUCUUGGUGCUAGUUGGUUGAAAACCAUUGGUCCUCAUAUUGCCGAUUAUGGCACCUUGCAGUUGAAACUCCUUCAUGAGAGUAGAUUCACUACAUUACAAGGUGAUGAGGAAUUGGUGCCAGUUCAAGCUCAAUUACACCACAUAAGAAGGAUGGUGCACACAAAUGCUAUAGUAGAGAUUUAUAAUAUGAAGUUAAUGGAAGAACAAUUCCAUUCGGGGACAUUGUUGGAUGCAAAAGCUGAUAUGAAACCGGACUUAGCAUUAUUACUGCAUACUUAUGUGUCAGUUUUUGAUACUCCUCAUCAUUUACCCCCUCAAAGAUCCCAUGAUCAUGCUAUUCCUCUAUUAGCAGGGUCUAAUCCAGUGAAGGUUAAGCCUUAUCGGUAUCCUCAUAGUCAAAAAGAGGAGAUUGAACGGCUGGUAGAAGGGAUGUUGAAAGAAGGCAUUAUACAACAUAGCAAAAGUCCUUUUUCUUCUCCUAUUAUUUUGGUCUAG